AUUGCCUUAAGAGAAGAAAUUCUAGCGAAGAAAUUACAUCAGAAAUGGCGAAACUUAGUACGUGAUGAGCCGGUGCCGUCGGGGUAUUUGAGAUUUCGAUUCAACGAAGACUGCGGUUAUGUUCACUGCGGAUAUCGUGAACAUCAGACACAUUUUCAUUGCAUGAGAAAAGACUGUGGCUAUUCGUUCUGCGAUAAGACUCGGUUCGUUCAGCACACCGUAGAACAUCCCGUCACGAAAGACUGGACACUCUAAUGGGCGGUGAUUUUCAUCAGUUCCGAAGUAACGUAAACUGCGGCCGAAACGACUUGGUCGCUCAUCGACGACAACACCAGAAGAUGGAUAACAUAAGUGCCGCCGGCUUUGAAAAGUACAGCACUGGUCAGGACUGUCGGAACGACAAUUGCAACUACAAUAACAAACAAACCCAUUACCACUGCCUUAAGUGCCACUACUCGGUCCUCGGCCUCUCCCAGAUGUCAUCUCAUAAAUAUAAACACACAGACAAUUGAUUUUUGAGAUAUACUUAACAUAUUAUAGUGAAAGUGCCUUUUCAUCCGAUAUUUUUUUCAUUUUGUAAAUUAUUUGAAAGCAAUUAUUCUAAAUCACAAGAACCGGUGUUCUCCCUCUCAAUCCCUUCAUCUAUCUAUCAAUCAACCAAUCUUUACAUCCCAUU